AUGGUGGACAUCGACACGGCCCAGAGCAGCAACAUCACGUCGCACCUCAGCGCCAUGGGGGUGCAUCCGUUCCUCCAGGCAGCCGCAUCGGACGCUGGCUCCAUCGCCAAGUUCUUCCUCCGCGAGUUCGUGGACGGCAGCCACGUCAUGUUUGAGGCGAACCGUGCGCCGCCCUGUGGCCUGCGUCAGCUCUUCAUCUAA